AUGGCGGCGGGGCGGGCACGAAACCAUCGAGACGUGCCUAGAGAGGCGCGGCGGGGCGGUCGCCUCUCUUGGCUGGAAAACUCAGGAGUUGGCUUCUCCUUGGAUUACCCCACCAUAAGUUUACACGCCGUCUCCAGGGACCUGGCCGCCUACCCCUGCGAGCACUUGUACGUGAUGGUGAAUGCCAAGUUUGAAGAAGAGGAGACAAAAGAGGUGCCUGUGGAGGAAGGGGAGGAGGAAGACAGUGAUGAUGAUGCUGAACCAAUUGCAGAAUUCAGAUUUGUACCCAGCGACAAAUCAGCCUUGGAAGCCAUGUUUUCAGCCAUGUGUGAAUGCCAAGCUCUUCACCCAGACCCAGACGAUGAAGAUUCAGACAAUGAUUACGAAGGGGACGAGUACGAUGUUGAAGCCCAUGAGCUGGGACAAGGUGACAUCCCGACCUUUUACACUUACGAAGAAGGAUUGUCACAUCUAACUGCAGAGGGUCAGGCCACCUUGGAGAGGUUAGAAGGCAUGUUAGCCCAGUCUGUCAGCAGCCAGUACAACAUGGCUGGAGUGAGAACAGAAGACUCAAUAAGGGAGUUUGAAGAUGGGAUGGAGGUGGACGUAGCACCAGUAGUUGCGGGGCAGUUUGAAGAUGCAGAAGUUGAUCACUGAGGAGGACAUCAGCUGCUAUUCCUCUUGUGGCACUUCCAGAAUAAGCUGUAAAACUGAAGGUGUUGCAGUGACUAUUGGGAGUUAACAGCUCUUUUAAUGACCUAAGCUUAGACAUCUAGGUCUAUAAAUGCUUUUUAUAGAUGUUUAAACCAGGGUUUGACAUUUGUGACCACUAUGGGGUUAUUUUAAAAAAACAAAACAAACAAAAAAACAGUAAAACCUCUUGCAUCUAACACUUGAAUGGGGCUAAUCAGGGGCCAUUUCAAAGAAGCCUUUUUAGGAAUUCUAGGACUAUCAGAAAGAAAACUGUAAGUAGAACAGAAUUUUAGAUUGUCCUAGAAUUUUCCAUAUUUUUGUACCUGUUUGUUGCAUUGGUGGAGUAAAAUUGAAAUAGAAAUGUUA